AUGAAUAAAGCCGAUUCCUCGGCGGAAGGCGCCUUGCCAAGCGUGGCAAUACGCGUGGACCAGUUCGAGGAUCUAGACCAUGAACGCUUGAAACUUCUCGAUCCAAGUUCUCCAGCACCUAUUUUAACGCCCUCUGGACAAAUUCGCAAAGUCAAAAGUUUUACUGACACACACAAAAUCAGAGAUAUAAAUGUUGCUUCUGGUGCCGCGUCCGCGAGAAGUCUACGCCCUUAUGACCAGGUGACUGCAUACCCAGAUGGUUCUGAUAGUGGAACAAAUCAUUAUGCUCCUUCCGUGCGUUCUCUCGCAUCAAUCGGAAUGGGAUGUACUGAUGGGCGAAAAAUGGUCAUACGACGAGUUCCUACAUCGCCGACGGAACUGUUUCAUCUAGUACGUCCUCCUACGCCACCAGAUGAAGACACUGCGUCCCAUGAUAGUGACUGUGGCGAAGAGGAAGAAGAUGCGGAGACCGUGCACCUGAAACCAAGAAGACCAUUCUGGGCUAAUAAGAUACAAUUUGUGCUGGCUUGCGUCGGUUACUCUGUUGGCCUUGGCAAUGUAUGGCGGUUCCCUUAUCUUUGCUACAAGAGCGGAGGAGGGGCAUUUCUGAUACCUUACUUCAUAAUACUCCUAGUAUGCGGCAUUCCUAUGCUCUUCAUGGAACUGGCUAUAGGUCAAUACACCGCUCAUGGACCUAUCGGAGCGCUCUCACAAAUAUGCCCGCUAUUCAAAGGUGCUGGUGUUGCGAGCGUGGUGAUUUCGUUUGUUAUGUCCACGUACUACGCAGUCAUUAUUGCAUGGGCAAUUUAUUACUUCUUCACAUCAUUUAAAUCAGAGGUGCCGUGGGCAAGCUGUUCAAACAGAUGGAAUACGCCACAGUGCUGGGUUCCCAACCAUAAUACUAAUAUCAGUAAACCAAAUGGAUCCCAGACACCUACAGAACAAUUUUUUGAGAAAAAGGUCUUAAGCAUGAGUGACGGUAUAGAAUAUCCUGGUGGCAUGCGGUGGGAGUUGGCAGCUUGUUUAGUUUGUGCUUGGGUGCUGGUUUACUUCGCACUAUGGAAAAGUAUUAAAUCCUCAGCGAAAGUUAGAUACAUCACUACAACUUUACCAUUCUUACUGAUUAUAGUAUUCCUUGGUCGAUCACUAACACUCGACGGUGCUGAUAAAGGCUUAAGAUUUUUUUUCAAACCGGACUGGGAACUUCUGAAACAAUCAAGGCCCUGGGUGAACGCCGCCUCACAAAUCUUCAAUUCCAUCGGAAUUGCGUUUGGAUCCAUGAUAAUGUUUGCCUCUUACAACCGUUUCGACAACAACUUCCUCCACGAUACACUGGCAGUGUCAUUAAUCAAUGCGGUUACCAGUCUCAUCGUGGGCAUAUUCACUUUUGCCACAAUCGGAAAUAUAGCCUUUGAGCAAAACACAUCUGUGAAAGACGUCAUCGCUGAUAGUCCUGGAUUACUGUUCGUCGUAUAUCCCCAGGCUAUCGCAAAAAUGCCCGCAUCGCAACUUUGGGCCGUAUUGUUCUUUUUUAUGUUCCUCUGCCUCGGUUUAAAUAGUCAGUUUGCGAUAGUUGAAGUUGUAGUGACAUCAAUACAAGAUGGAUUCCCUGACAUGAUACGCAGGCGACUAGUGUACCAUGAACUUCUGGUGCUAUGCGUUUGCGCAGUUUCUCUUCUAUUCGGCUUACCACAUAUCAUACACAGCGGCAUUUAUAUUUUUCAACUAAUGGAUUAUUAUGCUGCUUCACUUAGUAUUACCUAUUUGGCGUUCUUUGAAAUGGUCGCUAUAGCAUGGUUUUAUGGCGUAGACAGAUUGUCAAAGAACAUCAAACAAAUGACGGGUCAAUGCCCUUCGUUAUAUUUCCGGUUUUGCUGGCUUAUAGCAGCACCGGCUCUGUUACUGGCGCUAUGGGUGGCUAGCUUAGUGGACUAUAUGCCUCCGAGUUAUCGGCAAUAUCAGUACCCGGCAUGGGCACAAGUGCUUGGCUGGACCAUCGCUAGCGUCUCCCUCUUAUGUAUACCAGUGUAUGCUAUUAUAGUGAUAGUCAGAUCGCCUGGAACCAGUUUCAGAGAGAAACUACGUAAUUCAAUACGUCCAACCUCUUUGUGUGAUUGCGGCGUUGCUGAUUGUGAUUUAUGCUGUUCGGAAUCUGAGCCCCCUGACGAUAAAGUGACGAUCACCUAGUCUACGCUCAUAGAUCGAUGCACUUUAGAUAAGAAUCGAUAUAAUUAAGGUCUAUUGUACCUAUUGAAGUAUAACAUGUGUCAUCUAGUACAAUGAUACAGAAACAAUGAUAACAAAAUCAAACAAGACAAAAAGUUGAUAAUAUUUCCAUCAUAUAAGUUAUCUUUACUUAGGUACUAUAACUCACGAGUCUGUUGCUCGACCUCAAACUAUAUAAAAUGUGUGCUCUUGUAACAGUGACAUAGUUUAUAACACUCUUAACUAAAAAGGGUAAAUAGGUACUUCAGUGGACUUCAAACAGAUCUGUUGAUUGCAGUAAGAUAAUGAGUGGCUAUAAGUACUAUAGCUUGUGGAUUAAUCAAACCUACUAAAUGUAUUAUUAUCUUUUGUUCUACUUAAUAAAUAUAUCAAUGUCAAAAUUAGAUAAAGUUAGUAUUGUGUUAAUAAAGUCGGUUGUGUUAAUAUUAAUCGAUUUAUUUAGAAAUUUAAUACUUUUAAUUAUUUGGUGUAAUGAAACAUAACAAAGAGCAGACCUGAAUUAAAUGCAGAUUGAAGUGUCUAUUACUUUGACCGAGUGCAUACCUAGCAUGUCUCCUCAGGAACAUUGUGCAAAAAAUAGAAUUGACACAACCUGUAUAAACCAAGUACAGUUUCGGGGUUUUUAAUUCUGUAAAAAUUGUUUUAUCUCCUUGCAAACAUUUUUAACGAAGCGGUACUUACCUGACAUUAAAAAAAACAUAUCUUUAAACUCAAUUGCCUCGAAUCUGUUUCUGAUUAUCUAAUACUUCGCGUCAUUCUUUAAUUUUAUAACAAACGUAGUACUUUAGAAAUCUAUUGUUUAUAUACUUACACAUGCAAACACAGAAUUUUCAGUCAUGAUAUCAAGACAUUCCAUUAGUAUUAUUAAGUUUGUUCUUUAAAUAAAGUAUUAUUGCCCAAUAAUACUUACUGUGAUCAAACACAUUCCAAACAAAUGCUUUCUGAUAAGAAUUCUAAUAUUUAAGUACAGUGUUUGAUUCUACAUUGUAACAACUUUUUUUUAAGUCAACAGUGAAAUUACCCUAGUAUGUGUAAAAAUAUAUAUGUAAAAGAAAAUUAAUUUCAUUAGUGUUAACUCUAGAGUACAACUUUAGUACAAGUUAUAAAUGAAAGUGUAUGAAAAUAUUUACUAAAAAUGUAAAUAAAAUUUAGUGUUUUAAACUGCUGUAAGUGGUAGGUACUCGUAAUAAUUAUAACUAUUCUGUGGCUAAAAUUCCUUAGAACUUGUGUUGAUGUGUGACCCUUAUUAAUCAUCAGGGCCUCAUCCUGAUCUAGCGGCUCAGAAGUUAUAAUGCUUGAAGUUGUGAAUAAAAAAUAAAUGUGAUACAUAUUUAAGAGAGAAUACAGAAGUCAACAUAA